AUGAAAUUAUCAUGGGUCCUUAUCAAACUUGGUUUCAUACUUUUCAUGACGGCGUUGACGCAGGCGACUUAUCUCAUCCAGUCCAAUGCGCUCAGUUUCUGCCAGGAUAAGUCAAAUUUGACUAUAUCCUACUUUAGCAUGACCUUUACGCCCAAUAAUCGAUCUGUCUCUAUCAGCUUCGAUGGAACUACUGAGAUCUCGGGAAAUGUCACCGCGGAAAUUUCGCUAUUCGUCUACGGCUACAAGGCAUUGUCAACAACACUGGAUCCAUGUGAAUCAGGUUACAAGGCUUUCUGUCCGAUGUCCGCUGGGUCUAUCAAUCUUGCACAUACCAGUAUUAUCCUAUCUGGGUCUACAGUGAGCCAAAUUCCCAGUAUUGGAUACCUUGUUCCGGAUCUCGACAUUACCGUCCGUGUAUAUGUCAGCUCAACUAAGACCGGUGAGGUGAUCUCCUGUGUCGAAGGCGCUCUUUCCAACGGCAAGACAGUCUACCAGCAAGGCGUGGGCUGGACCACGGCGAUCCUAGCCGGUCUGGGUCUAUUGGCCUCAGGUGUGGCUUCCGCUCGUGGACAUUCGGCAUCCACAACCAGGUUGGCAGCCGCUACGCUCCCGCUAUUGGGUUUCAUGCAAACCCAGGCCUCGUUCGGUAUGGUUGCAGUGCACAUGCCCCCAAUUGUGGAAUCCUGGACGCAAAACUUCCAAUGGACUAUGGGAAUCAUAUAUGUCGGCUCCGUGGAGACGAUCUGUACUUGGUAUCAGCGCGCAACUGGGGGCACUCCGUCGACAACACUUUCCGACCUUUCCAGAUGGAAGAAGCGCAGUAUCGCUGGUGCGUUUGCCAGAAGGGCGUCCGAGUCAAGCAUCUCCUCUAUUGCGACGGUGCGUGGAAUCGAGCGGGUCGGAUUCCAAGCAAAUAUCGAACGAACCAAUAUAUUCCUGACGACAAUAAGCUUCUUCGCCUUCUUUGUGUUUGCUGUGUUCCUUUUACUCGCUAUUUUCAGAGCAUAUUACGAGUCAGUCGCGAUCCGACGAAAACUCAGGAGAGACAUUGUAUCUGCAUAUCGGAGGGAUUGGAGAGUGCUUGUGAAACGGAAUGUCCUUCGACUCCUAUCGCUCGGGUUUUUCCCCGUGUGUAUUCUCUGUCCCUGGGAAAUGCAACAACAGGACUCCAGUGCAGAGAUUAUCCUGGCCGUGCUAGUAUUCCUCUUCAUGCUUGGAAUGCUGGGUUCGGCUGCGGUAGGGUUUGUUCUUCUCACCAAAGAACAGUCCAGUCUCUCGCGCAGAAGAGUCGCAUACAUUUUCUCCUCAAAUCCUUUCUACUCCAGUGACUGGGUAUUCUUGUUUAUGAGUACUUGGCGCGCGGCCUCCUUUUUUGUGGCCGCAGACCUGGCCUAUCUAUUGUGCAAAGGGAUGGUCAUUGGCCUGAGCCAGCCGACGGCGGUUGCCCAGGCAGUGUUCCUACUGAUCCUCGAGGUUGUGCAGAUAAUCGUACUAUGUCGACUGCGACCUUGGUCGGACAAGAAGUUGAAGCGUUUUAGCAUCACUCUUGCCACGAUUCGAAUGGUCGACGCUAUCUUCCUUUUAGUUUUCACGGGCGUCUUCAGCCAGCCAGCGAUGAUGACCAGCAUUAUGGGCGUAAUUUACGUCUUGUACAACGCAAUCAUGGCCAUCAUCCUACUCCUCAACCUGCUCAUCGCAUCAUGGCAUGCGAUGAGAUCAAAAGAUGGUCCGUCGACUCGU